UCUUUCUCCUCGGUUCAGCACAAGUUUCCUGGCUGAGACGGAUGCAGCGGCGGCUGAGCAGCUGCUGCCCCUUCAGUGGGGUGUGGACCAGGGGGAGACCUUCAUCCAAGCCCCCUCUGUGCCCACCCCAGGUGGGGACUUUCUCCGGUGGCUGGAACCUGCCCCCUGGGGCUCCCCAGGCUCUGCGGACACCAGCUCCUGAGCCGGAGCCUGCAGGGAUCAAUUCGGCAUCGACACUGAGAGAAAAGACGGGGGGGAUAGAUACAUGGCCAAGUGGUGACUUGUACUAGGUACGCACCUGCCUUGGAACAUCAGCUUGUCAUUGCAGGUAUUGUCCUUUGAGGGUUCUUGACAAGAAAACUCUUCGUCCAGUGCAUGAUCUGGCUUGGUCUGGAAAGAUCCCUCAGCAGGGAGUAGCCUGCCCCAAGCCCCCCGAGCUUGUCUUAAGGCACUGUUAGAACAUGAUCUUGGACUACUUUGUAGUCUGCGCAGACAGGGACAAGCUGUGAUCAGUAUCAGGUCAGCACGCUGUGGUUAAGGGUUUGUCUACAUGAGGAAUUUGACCGGAAUAGAUACCCCACAAUAGCUUCCUGUGUGGACACGCUUAUCCUGGAAGAAUUAUCUGGUACACUUCUUCCAGUGUAGACUAGGCCUACGUAUAAGACAAGAAACAGACAGAUGAACACAAGAAAACAAUGAUGCAAAAGCAGUCAGCGUGAUAGGUGGUGUUCUCAGGACACCAGCAGCCUAAACCAUGCCAAGUUUGUAUCCUGGGACGUGCCCCUAAGGGACAGCCUUUACAACCAUGUUAAUAAUGUGCUAAUUAGCAGUCAAUUAACUAACUAAUAUAGACAAGUCCUUUACACAGGCUGAGCCUGUGUAGCAGUUGGGGCCUGAUUCUGAUCUCAACUGCACUGAUGUAAAUUGGGGAUAUGUCUAGACUACGUCGUUGUAGCUACAGAGGCAUAACCCUGUAGUGUAGAUGUAGCCUGCAAUAACGGAAGGGGGGUUUGUCAGUGUAGGAACCCCCCCCAAAUGCAUUCUUCCAUUGACAGCUGUGUCUACACAGGGUCUUAGGUUGCCAUAGGGUUUUUUUCACACCCCUGACCGGCAUAGCUACACCAAGCUAACUCUUAAGUGUAGACCAGGCCUUGGAGUGGUUCCACUGCAGUUGGUGUGAACAGAGAGCAAAGGGAGAAGCAAAUUGUUGCAUUCAAAUAUCGGGGGUGGGGGCAAAUCCUUUUUAAUAACCUGAGGCAAUGUCUCCCAUGGAAAAGAGUUGUGUUCUUAAUUUGGAUUCACUCCCAAUGUCAAAUGACCUUGAAAAUUCAAUUAGAACCCAACCACCUCUCUCUGUCUGUCUGUGAUACUUCUGGGUUAACUGGGUAGCUACAGGGUGUUAUACACUUUGAGAACACGAAAGGAAAACCCGUUUUCAAGCAUGACCUUAAAUCAAACACAGCUUGUUUACCAUUCCUACGGGUAACAGCAACGGAGGACAUCCUGUUCCUAAAGCCUGGGGUGCAACUUGAACUGCUAACCACAGUCAAAGGCCGAGUUGCUGUGUUUGCACCUUUAACCCAAGGAUUCCCCAUCCUUAAACCUGACCUGCAUGGAGCCAGGGGAAGAGCUGUAGGCACUGGAUCUCCAGGGGAGGCACCCGCCCAGGUGAAGAACCAGUUAAACCAGCUCAGAGACCAUCUGGGAGAGAAGCCCAGCGCCUGGAUUUGCAUUGAGUCCUUGUGAGCUUCCCCACGUCUGCCCUUCUCAGGUAGCUCAUCACCGAACUGGAAGGGACCUCGAGAGAUCAUCUAGUCCAGUCCCCGGCACUCAGGGCCGGCCUAAGUAUUAUCUAGACGUUCCCUGAGAGGUAUUGCAAACACCUGUCCUAGUUUCCGGGCAAAUGUUGCCUGGGGCUUUUUACCCUUUCUGCCUGAAAGCAGCUACCAACCCUUGCUCUGCCUGUUGAGAUGGGAAGGGAAGCAAAGCAGGAGGAGUCCCCUGUGGUGAAGGACUGGGGGAUGGUUUAGUCCAGGCUCCCCAAUACAUUAUCUUGGUAUAAUAGAUUCUAAAGCCAGAAGGGAUCAUCUAACCUGACCUGCAUAGCACAGGGCAGAGAAUUCCACACAGGAAUUGGGGUUUUUUUUGUCCUGUUCCUCCCCCCGAUUGGGGGGGGGGGGAAAUGUCUUGUAUGUGGAUUCUCUCUGUAAACCAGGGAUGGCAACAAGUGCGAACGAGGAGGCAAACCUGCUGUGGGGAAGCCCUGAGUCAGCAGAAGCCGAGAAAGCAGAGGGGCACAUUUGCCCGAGAGAAGCCAGUGAGAGUCAGGGUGGGUGGGAGAAAGAGGAGGAAGGAAAUCUUCCAGGGGGGAGAGAGGAUAAAUCUUUUCUCCAAGGAGGAGAUGUAAGGCAACUCUGGGUGCAGCAAAGAGAAGGGGAAGGUGCCCAACCUGAUGCCCAGUGGAGCACCCACAAGGCAGAGAAAUGCCACCAGUGCCCUGACUGUGGGAAAAGCUUCAACCGGAGCUCGACCCUUAGUGCCCACCUGAGGAUCCACACUGGGGAGCGCCCCUACAUAUGCCCUGACUGUGGGAGAGGCUUCACCCAGCUGGCUCACCUGACUCAGCAUCAGGGGACACACUCAGGAGAGGAGCCCUAUCGCUGCGCCGACUGCGGGAAGGGCUUUGGGGUCAGCUCUCGCCUGGUGGCACAUCAGAGGAGCCACACGGGCGAGCGCCCCUACAAAUGCCCUGAAUGCGGAAAGAGCUUCCGGGUCAGCUCAGUCUUGGUGGUGCAUCAGCGAAUCCACUCCGGAGAGAGACCCUAUAAAUGCACCGAUUGCGGGAAGAGCUUUAAUGUCAGCUCCAACCUCAUUAAACAUCAGAGGAUCCACACAGGGCAGAAGCCCUACAAAUGCGCCGAGUGCGAGAGGAGCUUUAAUGAGAGCUCAGCCCUGAUUGCCCACCAGCGGCUGCACAAAGGGGAGCGACCCUACAAAUGCCCUGACUGCGGGAAAAGCUUCAAUGUCAGCUCCAAUCUCCUGGAGCAUCAGGGCACCCACAGGGGCCAGAAACCUUACAAAUGCCUUGAAUGUGGGAAAGGAUUCGCCCGCAGCGCUCACCUCUCACAGCACAGCCGGACUCACACGGGUGAGCGACCCUACAAAUGUGCCGAGUGUGGGAAAGGAUUUGCUGUGAGGUCCCAUCUGGCCCAGCACUGCCGGGUCCACACCGGGGAGAGACCCUACAAGUGUGCUGACUGUGGGAAGGGCUUCACGGCCCGUUCAUCCCUGACCACCCAUCGCCGGACUCAUACAGGAGAGCGACCCUAUAAAUGCCCCGAGUGUGGGAAAAGCUUCAAUCAGAACUCACACCUGGCUCAGCACUGGAGAACCCACUCGGGAGAACGACCCUAUCACUGCCCUGACUGCGGGAGAAGCUUUGGGGACAGCUCUGCCCUCAUUAAGCAUCAGAGGAUCCACCUGCAAGAGAAAGCUCGUUAAUGCCACCCUGCAGCUACCAGAAAAGCUUUGCUUGGAGCUCAGUGCUUAUUACUAGCACUGGGCAGAUAAGGGCUCUCUCAGUGAGGUGGUAAUUCAAAAAGGAAAAAAAAAAUCAUGUUGAGUUAACCCCAAAACAAAAUGUUCCAACAUUUUGGGGGGAAACGGAAAAGUUGAAAAUAAAAAUCCUUUCAAGUUGAA